CACCACCUCCAGCACCACCUCCAGCGAUCCCUCCCGCCCCCGCAACCAUGACCAAGCAGCGUGUCCUCAUCCCCGGCGGCGCCGGCUACAUCGGCUCGCACAUUGUGCUCUGCGUGCUCCUCACGCGCAAGUACACCGUCACCGUCGUCGACAACUUCCACAACUCCUUCCCCGAGUCCAUGACGCGCGUCUCGCAGAUCGCGCGCGACGAGCUGCCCGCCGAUGCGUCGCAGGAGGACAAGGACGCGUGCACCGUCGACGUCGUCAAGGGCGACAUGCGCGACGCAAAGGUGCUCGACGGCAUCUUUGCCGACUACAAGCAGAAGGGCGACGCCAUCUGGAGCGUCAUCCUCGUCGCCGCGCUCAAGGCCGUCGGCGAGAGCGGCGAGAUCCCGAUUGACUACUACGAGGUCAACGUCUCGGGCCUGAUCACGCUGCUGCGCGUCAUGCAGACGCACGAGGUCACGCGCCUCGUCUACUCGAGCAGCGCCACUGUGUACGGCAUUCCCAAGACAAUCCCGAUCCCGGAGUCGACGCCGCUGGCUGCCGAGAGCGUGUACGGCCGCACGAAGCAGAUGAGCGAGCUCAUCAUCAAGGACGUGUGCGACGCCUAUCCCAAGACGUGGCGCGCCAUCGGCCUGCGCUACUUCAACCCCGCCGGCGCUCACCCCUCGGGCCUGAUCGGCGAGGACCCGGUCGGCAAGCCGGGCAACCUGCUGCCGCUGCUCGCGCAGAUGGCCGUGGGCAAGUACCGCGACCCGGGCCUGCGCGUCUUUGGCGACGACUACCCGACGCCGGACGGCACGUGCGUGCGCGACUACAUCCACAUCAUGGACCUUGCCGGCGGCCACGUCAACGCCCUCGAGGCGCUCGACGACGACGCCAAGUUCAAGGACACGCCGACGCCCGGCAAGUACAAGGCCUACAACCUCGGCAAGGGCAAGGGCAUGAGUGUGCUGCAGAUGAUUGAUGCCAUGCGCAAGGUCUCGGGCUACGAGUACCCCUACAAGGUCGAGGGCCGCCGCCUUGGCGACGUGCCGGACCUGACUGCCGACCCGACGCUUGCCGAGAAGGAGCUUGGCUUCAAGGCCAAGUACAACCUCGACGACAUGGCCUCGUCGCUGUGGAACUGGCAGUCCAAGAACCCCAAGGGCUACACCGGACAGUAGACGCCCGGCACGCUCACCACGCUCCUUCUUAUCGCCGACUCUCACCCAUGCUGUAUUGCC